AGCAGUUGCCCGCCCCAAUCCGCGAUCCCUUCCGCUCCGCUCCGCUCCUCGCCCGCCGCCGGCAACUGCCGCCAUGCCUCCUCCCCGCGCCGUCCUCCUCGCCGCCCUCCUCCUCGCCGCGCUCCUCGCCUCCCCCUCCGGCGUUGCGGGUGGCGCGGAGGUCCUCGCCAAGUCCCGCCUCGAGCUCUGCGAGCGCGACUCCGGCGGCGCGGGGCCCCGCCUCUCCUGCGCCCAGAAGUUGAUCCUCAACCUCGCCGUCCCCUCCGGCUCCAGCGGCGGGGAGGCGUCUCUGGUGACCAAGGUGGUGGACGUGGUGAACGGCACGGAGCCGUCGCGGAGCCUGCGCGACCCCCCCGUCAUCACCAUCAGCAAGAGCGGCGUGGCCGUGGUCUACGCCCUCAACUACCUUAUGGAUGCUGCUUACAAACCUGAGGAACACUUUGUGGAGACGCGCAAAUGCGAACCAGACGCUGGUGCUGACGUUGUUGGAUAUUGUGAAAGGUUAUGGAAUGCGGACGGUACUGUAGCGGCGCACACAGAGCCUGUUUGCUGUCCCUGUGGGCCUAAUCAACGUGCACCAUCAUCUUGUGGAAACAUUUUUGACAAAAUAACCAAAGGAAAACGCAAUACAGCUCACUGUCUACGAUUUGCAUCUGACUGGUUCCAUGUCUGGGAAGUCGGGCAAAGUUCACUUGAGUUCAGCAUCAGAGUUCAAGUGAAGAAAGGAUCUUCUGUAUCGGAGGUUGUUGUUGGACCAGAAAAUAAAACUGUCGUUUCUAGUGAUAACUUUCUCAAAGUAAAUCUUAUUGGUGAGUUUCUAGGUUAUAAUAGUAUGCCAACAUUUGAGGGCAUGAAUCUUGUGACUCCACGGAAGGGUGCUGGAAGUGGUCAGCCGCAAGACCUUGGCGAUGAACAUUCCAAGUGGAUGCUGCUGGAGAAAGUUCGUUUUGGUCCUGGAUGCAACAAGAUAGGUGUUGGUUAUGAGGCUUUCCAAUAUCAGUCUAGUUUCUGUUCAUCAUCACUUUCAAGCUGCUUGAACGAUCAGCUUUGGAACUUUUGGGAGAGUGACAGAAGUCGGAUAGACAGGAAUCUAGUGCCCGAACAUAUUGUGGAUGGAAGGUUUCAAAGGAUCAAUCAACAUCAAAAUGCAGGUGCACAUUCUUUUUCGGUGGGAAUCACAGAAUCCAUGGCUUCUAGUUUACUGCUAGAGCUGAGUGCUGAUGAUAUACAAUACUUCUAUCAGAGGAGUCCAGGCAAGAUAAUGGACAUUAGAGUGUCAACAUUUGAAGCCUUGAGUCAAGUUGGUGUUGCAAAGAUCAAUACUAAGAAUAUUGGCGAACUGGAGGCUUCUUAUAGAUUGACAUUCAACUGUGUACCUGGCAUUGAUAACUUGGAGGAGCAGUACUAUGUCAUGAAACCUGGUGAAGUGGUUAUCCGAUCAUUUGACUUGCGUUCAUCAACAGAGCAAGGAGAAAAAUAUCGAUGUGCAGCUAUUCUGAAGGCGUCAGAUUUUACUGAAGUUGACAGAGUAGAAUGUCAAUUCACUACUACAGCUACAGUUUUCAAUAAUGGAUCACAGAUUGGUCCGACGGAUGAGCCCAAGAAGGCCAGCUUGGGUUUCUUCGACACCAUCAAAGCCUUUUGGCGCAACCUCUGGGAUUUCGUGACCAAUUUCAUUACCGGCAAAUCCUGCAGCUGGAACAAAUGCUCGAGCCUCUUCGACAUCACCUGCCAUUUCCAGUACAUAUGCAUCGGCUGGAUCGUCAUGAUCCUCCUGAUGCUCGCUUCGAUACCCAUAGGCGCAAUGGUCCUGUGGCUUCUGCAUCAGAAAGGCUUCUUCGACCCGGUGUACGACCUGUUUGGGGCGGGCACGUACGAGUACGACCGCGCGCCCCCGAGGCACAGGAAAGGCGGCCAUCAUCAUCACCAUCACCACCACCACCAUCACCGUCGUCACUCGCACCACCACGGCGACCACCACCAUUCCCACAGGCACCACCACCACGCGCACCAGAGGAGCAAGCAGAGCGAGCUCAGCCACCACCACGUCCUGCACCGGCACGGUGGCGAGCAGUGGGAGGUGACGGCGGCAGAAGCCCACCGGCGGCACUGGCACGACCCGGCCCUCGGCGUGCAGCACUGGGCCGGCGGUGCCGGGCACAAGCACCGGCACGGCAAGGCGGCGGCCGCGGCAGCGCUGCAUCUGGAGGACGCCGAGGAGUUCAGGGAGUGGAGGCAGGACGAGGCCAGGUACGCCCAGCACGGGCUGCUGCACGGCCGCGACCGCCGGCGCUGAUCCUUUGUGCUUGCACUAGAUACGGAUGGGAUACAUACGACCUAGUAUGAGGUUUCAGCAGCUGUUUGAAAUUUAUCGGUGCCCAGUCUUUCGUAGUACUAGCAAUUCUUCUUGCAAAAACAAUGGUAAAAAAACAGGACAAAAAUAUAAGGGUUAAUUGGAUUGAUACAAUUACAAUUUUCACCAGUUGGAGAUAUACUAUUAAAAUUCACCAUAUUUAAGAUAUGCUAUCAGAAUACCUCUCUUCCCUCUUUGAGUCUACAUUCCUUGUAUUUCUCUGUAAAGACAUUUUUACCCCUUUUGUACAUCCAUCUGCUACGCGCUUGCGUGCCUGGCGACCGCGCCGCCCCCGCCCAGACGCCGCGCCGCUGGGAGGAAGGCGCUGGACCCGCCUUGACGCCGCGCCGCUGGGAGGACGCCGCUGGACCGCCCUGACGCCGCCGAGCUGGCCUGCCCCCCUGCACCCCUGCUGGCAGCGCCCCUGGGA